ACCUUCCAGUGUGGUUUUAGAUUUUAGGUGUUCAACAAAAAAGUUGGGUUUUUCAAGGUUGUAACCUAUCAGUGCUUUGUCAUAAGAGGUUAAUUUUCUACACAAUCGGUAAUGAAAUAAUAUAGUCUUGUAAGAAAUUGUGCAGGGUGAUUUCCUGUUUGUGGUUUGUCAGCCUUGGUGUGUGUUUUAACUCCUAAGUGGGAAUAUUGGGGAUGGAUUUUUGUAUUUCAGCACAAGUUGUGUUUAAUAGGAAGAGGUGGUUUCUACUUCAAGAUGGCAAGAGGCCCCCUUGCAUUUUUAUAUUGCUAGCUACAGGAGGCUCUUUUCACAGUGUGGUCCGCCUUUUGUGAGAGCAUGUCGUCCAUCUUACCGUUCACUCCACCAGUGGUGAAGAGACUGCUGGGAUGGAAGAAGUCAGCCGGUGGCUCUGGAGGAGCAGGUGGAGGAGAGCAGAACGGACAGGAAGAAAAGUGGUGUGAGAAGGCCGUGAAGAGUCUGGUGAAGAAGCUGAAGAAAACGGGACGAUUAGAUGAGCUUGAGAAAGCCAUCACCACUCAGAAUUGUAAUACUAAAUGUGUUACCAUACCAAGCACUUGCUCUGAAAUUUGGGGACUGAGUACACCAAAUACGAUAGAUCAGUGGGAUACAACAGGCCUUUACAGCUUCUCUGAACAAACCAGGUCUCUCGACGGUCGUCUUCAGGUGUCCCAUCGGAAAGGACUGCCGCAUGUUAUAUAUUGCCGGUUGUGGCGCUGGCCUGACCUUCACAGCCAUCAUGAACUCAAGGCAAUUGAAAACUGCGAAUAUGCUUUCAAUCUUAAAAAGGAUGAAGUAUGUGUAAACCCUUACCACUACCAGAGAGUUGAGACACCAGUUCUGCCUCCAGUAUUAGUGCCCCGGCACACGGAGAUCUUAACUGAACUUCCACCUCUGGAUGACUAUACCCACUCCAUUCCAGAAAACACUAACUUUCCUGCAGGAAUUGAGCCACAGAGUAAUUACAUCCCAGAAACACCACCUCCUGGUUAUAUCAGUGAAGAUGGAGAAACAAGUGAUCAACAGUUGAACCAAAGUAUGGACACAGGCUCUCCAGCAGAACUGUCUCCUACUACUCUUUCCCCUGUUAAUCACAGCUUGGAUUUGCAGCCAGUUACUUAUUCAGAACCGGCCUUUUGGUGUUCAAUAGCAUAUUAUGAAUUGAACCAGAGGGUUGGAGAGACCUUCCAUGCCUCCCAGCCUUCCCUCACAGUAGAUGGCUUUACAGAUCCAUCAAACUCAGAGAGGUUCUGCUUAGGGUUACUGUCCAAUGUGAACCGAAACGCCACAGUAGAAAUGACAAGAAGACAUAUAGGAAGAGGAGUGCGCUUAUAUUACAUAGGUGGGGAAGUUUUUGCUGAGUGCCUAAGUGAUAGUGCAAUCUUUGUGCAGAGCCCCAAUUGUAAUCAGAGAUACGGCUGGCACCCUGCAACAGUGUGUAAAAUUCCACCAGGCUGUAAUCUCAAGAUCUUCAACAACCAGGAAUUUGCUGCUCUGCUGGCUCAGUCUGUUAAUCAGGGUUUUGAAGCCGUGUAUCAGCUAACUAGAAUGUGCACCAUAAGAAUGAGUUUUGUGAAAGGCUGGGGAGCAGAAUACCGAAGGCAGACAGUCACAAGUACUCCUUGCUGGAUUGAACUUCAUCUGAAUGGACCUCUACAGUGGUUGGACAAAGUAUUAACUCAGAUGGGAUCCCCGUCAGUGCGCUGCUCAAGCAUGUCGUAAAGCUUCAGCACCAGUCAAGUCCCAUUGACAGACUCCGUGUAACAGCUCUGCUAUCAUAGUAUUCGUGUAUGGUCCCCAUGGACUGUUUACUGUCCAGAAAUUCAAGAGAGAAAACAGCACUUGAGGUCUCAUCAGUUAAAGCACCUUGUGGAAUCUGUUUCCUAUAUUUGAAUAUUAGAUGGGAAAAUUAGUGUCUAGAAAUACCCUCCCAUAAAGGAGGAAGAGAAGAUUUUAAAGACUUAAUGCUGUCUUGUUGGGCAUAAAACUGCGUGUCCCAAAGGUUUAUUAAUAACAGUAGUAGUAAUGUGUACAGGUAAUGUAUCAUGAUCCAGUAUCACAGUAUUGUGCUGUUUAUACACAUUUUUAAUUUGCAUAAAUGAGGUGUGUGUGUGCUGCUUCUUGAUCUAGGCAAGCCUUUAUAAAGUUACAGUACCUAAUCUGUUAUUCCCAUUUCUCCGUUAUUUUUGUGUGUCUUUUUUAAUAUAUAAUAUAUAUCAAGAUUUUCAAAUUAUCAUUUAGAAGCAGAUUUUCCUUGUAGAAAAACUAAUUUUUCUGCCUUUUACCAAAAAUAAACUCUUGGGGGAAGAAAAGUGGAUUAAUUUUUGAAAUCCUUGACCUUAAUGUGUUCAGUGGGCUUAAAUACUCAUUCUUUUUGUGUUUGUUUGUUUACUGCUAAGUUUCAUUAUAAGGAAACCAUACUGAAAAUCUUUCCAAACCUCUUAUCUCCAUUACCACUUUGUUCUUAUACCAAAACAGUGUAGCAUGACAUCAUUGCCAGUAAUACUGCACUGACAGAGCCAGCACCAGUUGAUUCUGGAGUACAGUGUAAGUGUCUAUGGAUUAAGUCCCUUUGCCUUACAACCUAAUUGCACCAGACAAGAAUUGACUUGUAUAACUUAGUAGUUUAUGGAUUUAUCUCCUCAUUUCAUUAAAAAAAUGCACAAGUAG